UGACGACACCAAUUGACACUCCUUGAAUGACUACCGACGCGUCUCGCCUGCACCAGGGGUGGCCAAGAGAGAGGUUGCAUAGCCAAGCAGAAUGACCACAGCUCUGCCUAGUCUCUCACCUCUUUCGCCACCUCUUGACGGGAUGCCAUAGUCGCUGUCUUCGUCGCAGUCUCACCGUCUUGUUGCUGCCCCUCCACGAGAGGCAGGCGAAUGAGGCGUCGCCAUGGCAGGAUAAUCUUGGGUUUCGACCGGAGUAUUGCAACGCCUUGCUUCUCCCUGCAAGCCCGGCGUCCAAGAGCUGGGCUCUCCUCGAUCGGCCUCCUCUGUCGAGAUGACGGAUGUAGUCGCCGAGGUAAGACGGACGGACGGACGCUUUCGACGAUGAGGCGAUGCAUUCCUGCGUUUUUUUUGGGCGUUGAGCCGCCGGCGGACUGCGUCAAGCAGCCACGCUCGAUUGAAUUUCGCCGCUGCCGCUGCAAGAGAGGAGGGCCGUUGGCAGCGACGAGCGACAUCAUCGUCACUCCCUUGGUUGAGCAGCCGCGUGCGUGUAUUACGCCAAGGAGGCAACGGGGCUGGGCGUGCGCGAGCCUUUUUCAUUCUCAGCAUUGGGCUUGGAUGACGACGAAACGCGACGGGAACGGAGUUGGUCGGCCGCGACUCGCCAGGACGAAGAGCAAAAUGUCGCUCCCAGUGGAGGCCGCUGCUUCGACGACUGUGAGGAUGAGGAUUUCGCAGCGAAUGGAUUGAGCAUGAUCCACGCGUGUGUACCACACUUAAUUAGAAGGCGAACAGCUUGAUUGUGUCGCGACCGAGACCAGGCCGUGCCUUGGCAGCACCCUGACAACCUGACUACGCGCUU